AAUGCGCUGUUGUUGCCACUCCGGAUCAAUAGGUGGCGAUAAUGAUCACCGACGCUGUUGAAAGGGCUUCAGAAACAAAACAGAGGAAGAAGAGGAAGUGAGGUUUACGAGCAUGCUGCUGUGAAACAUUCCGCCUUUUCCCUCAGCUUUAAUGUUUCCCAUGGUUUAAAAAUAUCAGUUUAUUGAGCGGAGCAUACAUACACAUUGCUCUCUUGGUAAGUGGUGGGAAACUGUUGGAUUAGGCGCGUAAACCUCCAGAAACGGACGAGAGGAAGGAGCUAAAGCUAAAGAAGCAUGGCAGCUGACAUGAGAUUACCCAGAGUCCGAAAAACUCUCUCUGUGUCAGAGUCUGCUUCACACCGCAGAGAUCUGGUCGUCCCCGGAGAUAUCAUCACUUCAGAUACCGGCUUCAUGAGGGGCCAUGGGACCUACGUCGACGACGACAAGCUGACCGCCUCAGUCGCUGGAGAGGUGCAGAGAGUCGACAAGCUGAUCUGUGUCAGGCCUCUGAAAACCCGGUUUAAUGGGGAGGUUGGAGACGUGGUGGUGGGCAGAAUAACGGAGGUGCAGCAGAAACGGUGGAAGGUGGAGACGAACUCCCGCCUGGACUCCGUCCUCCUGCUGUCCUCGGUCAACCUGCCUGGAGGGGAGCUGAGGAGGAGAUCAGCAGAGGACGAGCUGACCAUGAGAGAAUACCUGCAGGAGGGCGACCUGAUCAGUGCCGAGGUUCAGUCCGUGUUCUCCGACGGAGCGCUGUCCCUUCACACCCGCAGUCUGAAGUACGGCAAACUGGGCCAGGGGGUGCUGGUUCAACUCUCCCCCUCGCUGGUCAAGAGGCAGAAGACUCACUUCCACAACCUGCCCUGCGGCGCCUCCGUCAUCCUGGGGAACAACGGCUUCGUGUGGCUGUACCCCACCCCGGGGCAGCAGGAGGAGGAGGCCGGCGGCUUCUACACCAGCCUGGAGCCCGUCAGCCUGGCCGACCGGGAGGUGAUUUCCCGGCUGAGGAACUGUCUUCUGGCUCUAGCGGCUCACAAAGUGCUUCUGUUCGACACCAGUCUUCUGUACUGUUACGAGUCGUCGCUUCAGCACCAGGUGAAAGACAUCUUGAAACCGGAGGUGAUGGAGGAGAUUGUGAUGCUGACACAACAGAAGCUGCUGGAGCAGGAAGGAUAACGGAGCUGGGACAGACGGACGGCGAGGAGACGGCGUCACGGUGCUGCUCAACGCUUCUGCUCUGUAGUUACAGAGGAUUCCGGUUAAAUUUUGAACUUUAAGAAGUUUCACAUUCAUAAGAUUACAGCUCUUUUUUACCAACAAUAUGUGAUUUUUCUGGACAAACUGUUGUUUUCAAUAAAUGUUCUUGUAUUUCCAUCAGA